AUGGAUCGUUUUACAAAAGCUUUAAGUGAAAAAGGUAAACCGUUAUUAGUUCUUGAUGAGUUUAAGUUUCGAAAAUGUACUAUCUCAAAAAAUGGAAUAAAAUGGAGAUGUACAAUUAAAUCGUGUACUUCGAAUUUUUUAUGUGAUGUAAGUGAAACGGUGCUUUUAAAAUCUAAUUUUGAUCAUAACCACGAAGCAAGUUCAAAUAUUAAUAGACAAAUUGUUGUUAAUUCAUUAAAAAGAAAAGCAACAGACCAAGUUACAACACGACCACUAAAACUAAUUACUAAUUAG